AUGUCCAGAUCUUCAGACCUAGAAAGCCACGCAAUCGACAAUGGCAUGUCUCGAGCAGUCUCGAGAGCCGGAAGUAUAUCCACAUUGUGGAGCUCUGCCGAGGUCCCGCUCUGUCUUGAUCCCCGUGUUCAAUUAUCAUCUGAUCGCUUCCAACAUUGUCCAGCCCGGAGCCGCUCAAUCGCCGGCUCCAUCUCGCCCAACUCGCCUCGCUCCAGUCAAAUCUCGAUGCACUUUGGCAGGCUCAGCAUUGACAUCCCUGACGAGUAUCCUCGCAGACCCGACAGCAUUCGCUUCACUCCACCUCCUACCUCUGCAUCUGCCUCCAGCAGCGCCAUCUCUUCAGCUCGCCUCCCCUCUUCUAACAUUGGCACCAUUGAUGAGGUUAAACCCAUGCAGUCCUCGUCCAUCUCCAAGAUCAAGUACCAACCACCCAGUCACAAUGUUCAGCAACGCCUCCUUUCCUCACGCUUCUCCGAGGACACCAUCGACGAACCUCAUUGGCCGCAUUCCGCCUCUCAGAGCACUUUCGCCGCACAGUUCUCCAUAGCACCACCCCAGUCACCAGCAGGGCUCUCUGAUCUUUCCGGAACCGAUUCCUCGCGUUCCUCGUCUAUACAGCACACAGACCCCUCGCCAGCACUUGACCGCACUUUGGCCCCGGCACAAGCCCCCGCCGAGCUCUAUCGAGGCACCUACCGCUUCUUUGACAAAGAGUAUACAGUUCAGCCUCCACUCCAGGACGACAGCCUAAGCGCCUCGUCAUUUGUUGAUCCAUGCCAAGUGGCCUACAGCCAACGCUUUGAUCCUUCAUCCGGGCUUGAAGCUAAUGAUAGCCAACUUUCACAUGAAGAAUCCGUUCCCUCCUUCUCCCGCUCGCAAGGCUCCACUCACGCUAGCUCCUCUGACUCGGCUUCAGCAAGCAGCGCCGAAGGAACCAUGUCACGAUCCAGUGCUACCACUGGUGCACCUGUGGCUGUUCUUGACAAUAGCCACAGCGCUGAUUCAUACCUGACUCCCGCCUUUGUUGCUCCGGACGUCUCCCUGAGCAAGAUGAGUGUUUGCACUGCCUCAACAGAAAAAUGCAACACUCUCAGCAUUCCUUCGCUUCCUUCCAUUCCCAGCUUCAACUCCACCCUCACUGCCACACUCACUGCUACCCUCACUGCUACCCGCGCUGAUCACACCAGAGAUAUUCCUCGACGUCCCAGCACUGCAGACGUCUACAGUCAAGCGUCGCACGUCUCGCCUCACACCUUCUCCAACUUGCCCUUGCCUCCGCUGCUCCCAGCGCCGUCACCAUCUGAGCCUGUUCGCUACGAGGUACAGCCCUACAGCAUAGCCCCUACCCAGUCUCCUGCAUCCAAGUCAACCAGAAGCACCGCUCAUAACGCCGACAUGGCCAACAAGUCGACGAAAUCGAGGCUUCUGCGAGCUCGCGUCGCUUCGACGCCAAAGCUGCGCCUCGACACUUCUUCGCUAUUCUUCUCUGAGCAGGCGAUGUGCGCCCAGCCACCUGUACCGCCUCUGCCAAGCCCUCUCAGCAAUCCAGCCACUAAUCGUCGCCCUUCGACAGUGCAAAUGGAUGGCUGCGCACCAUUCUUUGGUCGUCGCUUCCGUUCACGCACGCUUGGCGAAUCGGACCGAUCAGCGCCUGCCAACAUGCAAGCCGCUGUCGCCGCUACUCGAAGCAUCCCUUCGCCCACCUCUGCCCCCCGAUCAGGCAUGCCUUCUGGCUUGUCCGACUCUGCUGUGUCUCACCGUCGUCCCAGCCAGGUUUCUGCCACAAGUUCCGAGCUGCACUCGCCUAUGUGGCUUAUGCAGCCUACACCUUGCUCCUCGAUUUGCUCGGCCAGCUCGCCUGCUACGACCAACGACUCACUCCCCGUCACUCCAAGGACCACGACUGCAUUCCCACGCCCCAAAAGCCGCGGCAUUGCUGCUAAAUCUGGUGGAGCAGGUUGGGCAUCAUACCUCCACUCAGGCUUGACCCUGCAUCUUGAACAGGACAACGGCCGUGUGAGCCAACUCAACAUGACCUACCUCGCUUACGAUCCUUUUGGCAGACCUGAGCAGCUCGUUCAAGGGACCGAAGCUGCUCAAGCUCUCAUGCCAAAAGGACCCAAGUCGCGAGGUGACAAAGAUCAAGAGGCUCAACAGUGUGGCACCAUCGAGUUCGGCCCUUCAGAAGACAUGCGACCCGAAUCCUGCUUCUUCGACUUGCCCCGCAAGGCUGAUCGCUCGAUCCUGCUCAAACAUCUUACCAGCGGCGACGACACCAAGGCAGACUUGCUAACCCGUCAAGCAGCUCUUUCUCUCAAGACGGCUGGCAGUCAUCAGGUGUCCGGAUACGAGCGGAAAGGUAGACUCGCUUGGAAAUUCGCCUACCGCGUCGAGCAGGAUAGUGUCUAUCCAGAGCGUCGAAGACUGGUGUCUCUUCGCUUCUCGUGUUCAGCGAUGUUGCUCAACCCUGAGCGUGCCCGCAAGUCACGCCUCCUCAACUUGGUGAAGAAGCAGAUGGGUCCGACGCUGGCAUCCAAAGCUGUGGCUGGAAGCUCAAACGACUCGCCUCGAUCUGCUUCUUUCCCAUACCAAGAUGUUGCUUUCGUCACUACAACUGCGUCGCCUGCAUCAUCACGCUUCUCCAGCAAGCAGCUUGCGCCUGAGGCUCAGCCCCCUCCCGUCUCUCCGGUCCGACGCAACAACGGAAGAGGUGCAGCUACUGGCGGCUUCAGCAACUACAACAGCCCGCUUCGACAGGCCAGCCGCACAGUCGCUUCCAGCAACAGCAUUGCUUCGGCCGACUCGAGCUUCUGCUCUCAGCCCGUGACACCAGGUAGGGACAGCAGCAUGAUCGACCCCACUCUGAGCAGGAUGCAUCUGCAGGCUUCGCCAGCCUCAGCACACUUCGCAAGGUCGAGCACAGCUCAACGUCAGCUUCAGUCUGUGGGCGCUGCCAGCCCAACUGUGGCUCCCGCACUUCAGCUCGAUCUUGGCAACGUCGACAUCAACACAAGCCAGUCGAGUCGCAAGCUGCAACAGAAGGCAUCGAUGGCCUCUCUCGGUGCCGCUUCAUCCAUCAGCUCGGACAGUGUGCAGCUCGCGCAACCAGUCGUGAUUAACGGACGCAAGCUGAUCCCAAUCAGUCUACCUGCUGGACUUGCACGACGCCCUCAAAUCGACCCGACUUUGCUCCAAGCGAAUGUGGUUCCCAGCUCGUCUCUUCAGCAGCGGCUCGUCAGCCCCACCUCGCAACCUGAUUUGCGGGCUGCGGCAGCCAGGCAGCGUAGCACUUCGAUACAUUCGUCUGCCAGCUCGUCUGAGCACAGCCAGCGUAAAGCCAACAGACACGAGGUCAACGGUCUCAAGUGUCUGCUCUCAAACCAGCCUCGCACUGCCAACGUCACCUCAAGCUCGAGCAGACCUACAGCCCCCGAGACAAUCAAGCUCGAGUACCUUGCACGCUCUGCCUCGGAGCAAGCACAGCAGCAGACCGAGCACCAGCAGCAAUUGCGACACCACAAGUCGUUCGCCGGCGCUCUUCUGACUCCUUCCGCUUUCGCUGACGGCACAAGGCAGGCACGCAGACAGCGGAGCAAGACCACCGAGAAUGGCGGUCAACAGCGACCUUUCACAGCCGACGCUUGGGGCGAAUCGCAGUUUCCCUCUCGAGAGCAGAUCGCAAACCUCCGCGCCUUCAGCCAGAAGCACACGGUUGAAAUGGAGCGACAGGCCUCCUACGGCUCCUCUGCGGGCAGUCAUGAGAUCAACAAUCGACACAUCAUUCCGCGAGAGGUACUUGCCGAGUCUUUCAACUCGCAUUCGUCGUCCGAGAGGCGAGACCGGGGGGAAAUGUCUGGCUACAAGCCGUUGCCUGCCCCACCUCGUCCGCAGACCAGACCAAGGACCGCUCAGACUAUCAUCGCUGCCGACAACGCUACGUCUCAACAAUCGCAUGGGAGGUAUCACAUUCCCGCUCAUACUGUGCACGCUCUUCGCUCAUAG